GGCGGGAGGUGACAAUUUUUUUUUUUGCCGUACCAGAAAUGAGUCUUGCAGAUUCGGAUUCGGGUGGUAGCAUGCGGGAAGCAGACGGAAGAAAUACUGGAGCAGUUAGAGGUUCAAGAAUGAUUUCUCCGGAACAAAAUUCCUCUUCAUCGACUUCUGAAUCGUCAGCUCCGGCCAUCAUCGGAACAACCACAGACUACUCGCCGAACCCAAAGCCACCGCUAGCACUCGAAAAGGAUACGAACAGCACAGCCAACAGCUACAUUCCAGCAGUCACAGUUACUGUACUCGAGAAUUUCCAGCCCGCUCAGCUGACUUCGAUUUGCCCAUCUGUUGGCCCCGUAGAAUCGACCGUGACUGCAACCGUUCAUCAAGCUUCACUACCGGCUGCGGCCAUCAUUAUUGGAAGGCAAGUUUCCGGUAGUUUUACCGAAGGCAACAUGCCAUACAGUGGCAACGGGGGAUCCGGUUUCCGUAGCUCCUUUAAUGGACGCGUUCCAUUCGCUCGUAUGCUUUCCAGCAACCCUAGCAGUGAUCGGCGCUCCGGGAAUGCCGGUGCUGAAAUCUAUCCUAUUUCGGCAUCUUCGUCGAUUGCCAGCUAGUGGAUCCAAAAUAAUCCAACUGAAGAAGAAGGUUUUGGUGCAGCUCGCGCUUAGGUGAUUUUAACUACCAUCACCAAUCAUCAUUUCCAGAAUCACCAGCCACGGUUCUCGAAUAAUCAUGGUUAUGAUGGUUAUUUUAUGGAGGUGAUGGAGGUUUAAGUUUGUUUACACAUUAAAAUGAUAAAUUAAUUUUAAGAAA